CCCCUAAAGGGUACGUUCUGUGCCAUUCAAGUUGUUUUCUGACAUGCAUUGGUGGAUGCGCCUGCUUGAGUGCAUGCGCAACAAAUGAGAGCUUGCGGUUACACGGUGCUGAGGACACUCCAUUGUGAACGAUAAGACUUUCUUUAAUUUAGGGUGUAAUUGGACUGCACCGGCUAGUUUGGACCGUAAUUAGUGUAGUGGACUCGAGCAACCAGAGUGCAAUAAUAGUGGUAGUGCUUAAUUGGUGACUUCUUUAGUGUUACAACAAUAAAAAGGUUUAGUCAAUGUCAGCAGGCGUGUCAGACCAGCGGAUGAAAGGACAAGGAAACCAAGUGUCCAAUGGAUCCAAAGAGCCAAUAGGGGCUGCCGAAGGAGCAACAGGCUCAGAAGGUUUCGAACCAUGGAGGACACAACAACAAAACUCUGCCGCUCACACCGGCUACGGCCCAUCCGUUCCAAUUUCCAGUGCCACGGACCUUUACAACAUGAGUACCGCGGGGUAUUAUGGAAAUGCAGCAGGAACAUAUCCGUAUCAAACUUAUGGAGUAAGCGACGGCACGUGGUCGAACGGCACCGACAUGACGUUUUUGAGCGGCUACCCACCCGAUUCUUACUCCAUGGACGGUAUACCUUAUAGUUAUCAAAAUAACACGAUGUUCGGCUCGUCCACGACUUUUUCGACAGCAACCUUCCAAGGGCAACCCUCUUCCUUCAACUAUUUUCCCAGCAACGGAGACUACAACACUUGGAGCAACCAGUUGGGUGGGCAGCGCAAGUACGACGAGUUUUACGGCGACCCAUCAAACAUGUACCCGCAACCAAUUCCGGAAAGUGCGGUCAAAAGUGUUGAGCAUGCCAUGCAAAGCUUAGAACUGAAAUCUUCGAGUGAUAAUAAAGACUUGGGCCAGCAGAAGAAAACUACAUGGGCGAGUAUCGCCAGUCAGCCUGCAAAGCCCCCGCUUGCUAUGCCCAGCCAGGGGUUGAAGAAAAAGGGCCCCGGGAUGCCGCCUGGUCCGAUAGUUCCUGGAAAGCACAAUAUUGAUAUCGGAACAUGGGAGACCAAUAAGAGUACUCCGCCUCAAGUGCCGAUGCCAAUGGUUACUUGUGCUCCGCUUCCGCCGCAGCUCAAGACAAGCGUGCCGCCAGUAGCAGGCGUUCCUGUUCCUGGAUCCGGUUCGGUUCGUCCUGGCUGGAACGGUCCUCAACCCACGGCGCGGCAGCCUCAGGUUUUGCAACCGCCGCCUCCACGAGGCCUACAACAUCAGCACCAAAUGCCGCCCGCUUCUGCAUUUCAACAGCCGCCCAUCAUGCCCACCCAUUUGCCGCCACCAGGCCCACCGCCUAAUUCCCAUAUUCAGGGUAUGAUGCCGGCUCCCAUUCAACUGAUAAUGUCCAAUUCGCCUAGCCAGCAAGCGAACCAUCCGCUGCUUGAAGAGCUGCGAGGCAAGAACAACUACAACCCCACUGAUUUCGAUCUUUCUGCGCCCAAUGCCCGAUUCUUCGUGAUCAAAUCGUACUCGGAGGAUGAUAUUCAUCGCAGCAUCAAGUACGACAUUUGGUGCAGCACCGAGCACGGGAACAAGCGUCUGGAUCAGGCAUAUCGCGAACGUGAAGGCAAUGGUUGUGUGUAUUUGUUCUUUUCGGUGAACGGUUCCGGACAUUUUUGCGGAAUGGCCCAAAUGAUUACAGCCGUCGAUUACAAUUCCAAUAGUUCAGUGUGGUCGCAGGACAAGUGGAAGGGCCAAUUUAAGGUACGCUGGAUUUAUGUGAAAGAUGUGCCGAAUGUACAAUUGCGGCACAUUCACUUGGAAAACAACGAGAACAAAUCAGUGACGAAUUCGCGGGAUGCUCAAGAGGUGCCACAUGCUAGAGGGCUGCAGGUGUUGCGAAUUAUGCACUCCUAUCCGCAUUCGACUUCCAUCUUUGAUGAUUUCAUCCAUUACGAGAAGCGACAAGAAGAGGAGGACAAUCGCAAGCAGCCGGUAAAAGAGAUGGGGCACCAUGAGGGUGGUGGCGAAGGGCGUGGCAGAGGCGACCACCAUCGAGGUGGCCGAAACCAUGACCGAGACAGGGACGGAGACCGGGAUCGGAAUGACGGUCAUCGAGGCGGAGGCCACAGAGGAGAACGGAGCGAUCGCGACGGACACCAUGGAGGAGGAGGAGGUGGAGGAGGUGGUCAUCAUAGGGAUCGGGACAAUAGGAGUCGAGGUGGACGAGGCGGCGGCAGGAACUAGAAGCAACCCCCAUCCAUCCUCGGUUAUCGUCGCUGAUAAUCUUAGUGUUACUAUUUCGUUUACCGGCUUCUCGCAGUUACAUGCUCUUGAACUACUAUAUUUUACCACUAACUACUGAUCGCUAUUUUUUCGUUCAAUAAUUUAAUUGAACCGAGCUGCGAGUUAUAAUUUUUUUUAGUCCACGUUAUUUUCCAUUGACUGGCUCCGCUCGGAUGUUUGCUUUGGCAAACGAUCUAUGGGAUAUAAUCAAGAAUAAGUUAAUUGCAAAAUGGUAUAUGGAUUCUAUAUUAAAGUAGUUAAAACUUAACAAACUUAGGCGGCUCACUUUUCGGAUCGGACGUAAGAACUGUGACGGUGGAAUCUACAAGAAAGUGCAGUGUUUGUGUUUCGCUGAAGUGAUCGGACUUCCUGACGAAAAUUGUUGUAAUAUAAAUUAAAGGACAACACUUCUAGUUCAAUUUGAAUAAACUGUUAAUUUUCUGGACAUUUUUUAUCCCGCGGUUAAUAUAUCAUGGCAUGUCAGAGAACUUACGACAAAACUGUGAAAUAAACAGGAAACAUCGCGAACACCUUAAUCGAACUGUGAACGUGAACGAACUUUUAACAAAUUGGCUUCGUUUUCGAGCGAACAUAAGUAGUAAAGAUGUUUUGUGGAGUUAUUUUCAAAUAAUUUAACAUUUUUCUAUCUUUGUAAGUAAAUAACUUAUGCACAUUUUUAUAUUGUUGAUUGUUUAGAAAGUUUAAUGUAAUAUGGAUGUUAAACCAAACUGGCUAUGUUCGGAAUGUGCAAGCUAAUCCAUUUUAACUUAUUCAUGUGCAGAUAGUAAUAGGUUGUUACUAGUUUAAUGCCACGGCCUAAAACAAUUGCAGUUCCACACAUGUAACAGUGCUUAUUAUUAUUAUUUCAUUAAUAAAAUUCCAUACCAUGCUAGUUGGGGCCCAACAGUUUGUUAGUUUAAUUUUAACAUUGAUUGUCUCAUUUAGAACAUAGCUUGUUUGUAUCACGUCUGGAUGUAUACUGUGCCUAAAUAUUUUAGACUGAUGCUCUUGCAAAGGAGCCAUAUCAAAAAAACUAUUUGUCAUUGAUCCGAACAGUGGGCAUAUGUUGGAUAGCUACAAUUAAAUAAUUACUGAAAUUA